AUGUCCAUGCAAUUCCAAAGCCCCUUUCAAGAGUCACAGUUUGACAUCUUUGAGUGGUAUCCCCAGUUCCAGUCCUGCCUCCGCUACUUCAUCGACCAUGCCCAGUACAGCGCUCCCGUCCAGACUGUGGCCGCUUGUGUCAACAUUCUCCUGCCCUUCCAGAAGGGAACCUCUCCUCCUGUGACACCUACUCGCUCCGGACCAGUUACUGGCUUCGACUCUCCUGCUGUUCUUCAUGGCUUCUUUGGCGAUGACUGGCUGCAAGGAAUCGGGCCCGUCCACGAGAGCGAACGCAGAAACUACUUAUUUGCCGCAAAGAGUGACAACUGGCUCAAAGUCAAGUCCCAGUACGACAUGGCGGACGGGCAGACAGUUCCCUUCUUGAGGCCUUUACAAAACGUCACCGAGGAGGAGAUACAGGCAGCCGAAUCAAACUGGAGCGAGUGGCUUGCCAUGCAAGACUGGAUGCUUGGACCUAGAGCUCCUCCAGACGUCGGCGACCGACGAGUCAGGGUCAAGAAGGAACAAGACUAA